UCAGUAGUUGAUCAGCGGCAGCAGUGGUACGGACACGGGUAUACGCGAAUCGCGAAACUCGCGCGACGUGUGCGUCACGGCGACCUGGAACGUGGUUUCACGGCGACGAGGAAACGCCGGGAAACGAAGGCGAAGGCGCGACGCGGGUGCCGCGCGACACAGACGGAGCGGAGAGGUGCCCGCGGGUGAAAAGGGAAUUAAGAGAAUCCACGGUGGCCUCGCGAGGGUCGGCGGCGCAAAGCGGCGCAAAGUGAUCCCGUCCCGACGCGCCGCCCCCGGCGCGCGGAGGGCAGCAGCAGGGGGGAAGGCGCGAUUCUCCGUCCUCCGUCCCGCAUACGACGCCAUCUUCGCAUUGUGCGGUCGCGCCGUCGCGGACGCCCCGCGGUCAGGUUGACGGCACUGGGCGAUUGAUCUCGCGCAAUACGGACAUACAUACGCGCGACACGCUUCCUCGCCGUAUACGUGCGUGCGUGACACCCGCGCGCGCGCGGGUGCGUGUUUUUUAUCCGCGAGAGAAUUAUAUACGGCGCAUCUCUCUCACGUUGGGCGCCGCGGAGGUCCCGAGGGACGAACGAGUGGACGGACGGACACGGGCGGACGGCCCCCACUCCCCUCACCUUGGCCACGCAUUCGCGAAUGUAAACAGAAUUCUCCGCCGCGCCGGAUAUCAUCAUGCGCGACACGGGCCGGAUCGGAGCUCGUCGCGCCCGAGUCGCGCCAAGCCGGAGCUAAGUUGAGCGCCGAGCGAAGUGAAGUUAGCCGCGCCGUCGUAGCCGUCGCGCGCGUGUCGGUGUGCGCGUUCCUCGACCCGGGUCGCGCCGCCAUCGGAGAGUGUGUGCGUGUGCGGGAUUACCGUGAAGUGGGAACGGCAGCUACGACCGCCGUCGCUCCGGGCUCGCCCCGUUGCGUGUACUCGGCAUCUCUCUCUCUCUUCUCCCUCCUUCCCGUCUUCCUUCUCCCGACUCUCUCGCUCCUCCGCUCCUUGUUUCUCUUUUAAACUCUCUCCCUCCUUCUCGCGGUCGCCUAGGAUAUUCCCGAUACCUGAGACGGGUUCGCGUGCGCGAACCGCGUACGGUUCUACGUUGGCUCCGUUGCAAUGAGAGAUCUCGGCAGGAAACUCGCGGACGAAGCUGCAUCCAGGUGACGGAAGUGCAAGAUGCCUUCAAUCGAUACGCGAUCGAUAAGAGUGCCUGGAGAAAUGGAUCGGUGUCCAUUGCGCAGACCAGACGCUACAUCGAGACAUGCUGAAUGCCGAUUCACGCUGGAUGUGUCCAGCACAUUGGAAUCGUCCCCCGUCGUUUGCGACAAUUUUCGAACAUGCUGCGACGUAUCCAACACCGCCAAUGCCGUCCCGUUCAAAAAGGAUACCGUCACGACGCUGGAAAACGAGCCCAAUAGUGCGGCUCGCUUGCAACAAAACACUUCAUUAUCUCACAAUGUCCGUUCAACUGACCUAUGCUCGUCGCAAAAAGAAUCAUUUGAUCGUCCCAUCGCUGUUUGUGAUCAUGGACGUGAUACAAGUGUAAUAGACCACCGAAAUCGCCAUGGUUCUACGCGAAGGAGCGACGCGAUGAGAUACUCUCACGCGGCGGAUGCAUUCUCGAUAAUGAGAUACGGUUUCAAUCAAACGUUAGGAUUAAUGAUCAUCGAUUGGAUAACGAACUCUUCCUGGAGGAGAUUGCGAACCUGCUUUCCUCUCUUAAUCUGCUUUUUACUUUGUGUGACGCAGUCUACCGCCCACACUUGUUCAGUUGGAUUAAGUACACCGGGAUGGACCUGGCCACAAGGUGAUAUCGUUAUCGAACAUGGUAAACCACUCAAAAUGUUCUGUCUAUUAAAUCAGACGAUCGUGGAUAUUGACUAUCGUGGUAAAAGUGCGGAAGAUCUUCGAUUCUUUCGUAAUGAUCAGGAACUGGAAUCGGAAUUCGUCACAGUAAUUAAUGAAACAACGAUAGAGCUGUUCAUCAAAUCGCCACCAGCCUCCGAUGACAUGUAUAAUUGCAAGUUGAAAAUAAACAACAGCGACUAUAUAGCAGUUUGUCUCAAUAAGGUUGUAGUUGGAUUUCCACCACGUAAGCCUAAACACUUCGACUGUGUCUCCUAUAAUUGGGAAAGCUUCAAUUGUACAUGGGAGCCGGAACAUAAUUUUGUCCAUACAACAUACGAUUUAAUGUUCCAAUUACCUGGAAGAACAGGAGCGAUGUAUUAUUGUCCGCUCGCGACGACAGCAGAGAAUUCAUGCAUGUGGGAUAUAUAUUCCGAUCCAAUAUACAGGCAGCCGUAUCCAUUUUAUAUUUUCAUACUGAAAGUGUCUAAUGCUUUUGGGACCGAGAACUUUACAUAUCGUGUCCAACAUUAUCCUAACGUUAUUCCGGCCAAACCGUACAACCUCACCUUAAUAAACAAAACAUCAGAAAGCGCACUUUUAUAUUGGGAGCUCCCCUUUCCGAUGGCGACAUUUCCAGUUGGUGUACAUCACAAAAUUAUGUAUCAACAUCAAUGGGAUCAUGAAAGAAAUUGGAAGGUCGUCAAUAUUACACAUCCUAAGAAUAGGGAGCAAUGGCUUUUUAAUCUUACCGGAUUGGAGUACGCUAAUACAGUGUAUGAUGUUCGCAUUUAUUUAAAAAGCUCGACAGCUGUAAGAACAGAUCGAUGGAGUGAUUUCAGUGUUGUUGCAUUCAGAACAUCACCAAAAUUGCCUGGCGCUGCACCGCGAACUGACAUUGGUAGUUUCGAAAUUGCUGAAUAUAAUGGAAGCAGGGACGUAUACUUGUAUUGGCAAGCGAUACCGCAGAAUCAAGAGAACGGCGAUAAUUUCAAGUAUCAAAUCAUUCACGUGGAGGAAAAUGGCCACAAUGUUGCGCUCACACCAAGCGAAACGACCAGGACAUACGCCAAGUUGAAGGGAAUCAGUUUCAACAGCUAUUUAUUCGAGAUCGUCUCAACGAACGAGGUCGGUGCUAACAGUAGCCGUGCGAGAAUAUACGUACCAAAUCAGCAAGAAAUACCGCAUGAACUAGCAUUCACAAAAAUUGCUUUCGAACAUGGAUUAUAUGAAUUAUCCUGGAAGCCGCCGUUCGCAGAUCGUAAUAUCGUGAAUUACACGAUCUUCUGGUGCGACAACGAGCGUGAUCGUCCUUAUCAGUGUACCGGUUACUUGGACUGGGUGCAUGUUCCUAAAAAUACUAUGAUCUACAAUAUAACUGUGCCGGAUCCGUCCAAGGUAUACCAAUUUGCAAUCUCCGUCAAUACUGAGAGAGGUAGCAGCGGUAUGAUAUGGUCGUCAUGCACGGUAAUUCAUAACAAAGUGCUCGGCAAGAUGAAAUCUGUAUGGAUUAAUCGCAUUGGAUCGCACUUUAUCGAAGUCGGUUGGAAGCUUGAUUGCUCGGAUCGCAUCGGGAUAAUCGAGGGAUUCAACAUCUACUAUUGUCCCAUAAUGUCACCGUUGAAUGUCAACUGCAACGGUUCCAUGCUUAAUAGCACCAUCAAGGCAGAUGCGCGUACGAUACAUGGCACUAUUGACAAUCUGAAGCCCUACACCACGUACAUGUUGAAUGUCGCGGUGCUGACGAAGAGCGGCGAGGGUUUGCGUAGUGAUCCUCUGUAUAAUACCACUCUCGAAGCGGCGCCCAGCACUCCACCGUUAAACGUGAGAGUCACUGACAAAUCCAAUACGACACUGCAUAUCUCAUGGAAAAAUCCGCAGGCGAUGAAUGGCGUGCUCAGAUACUAUGAGAUCGAGUACAACGGUCAAGUCAUGAAAGUGGAGGAAAUAACUCAUAUCAAACUGAUGGGUUUGAAACCGUAUACGAAGUAUUCUAUUAGAAUCUCCGCAUGUACCGUAAAGUGCAGUGAAAAGUCAGAGACAGUAAAUGAGUUCACGAGAAUUGGUGUACCCGGCAAAAUCAAUAUGCCUUUAGUGCGCUUCGUGAACUCCAGCCAAGUGAUCGUCCAGUGGGAGCCACCGCAAGAACCGGCCGGUCCAGUAGAGGCCAUGUAUUACGAAAUAGAGUACGGAAAUGGCAUAGUUCAAAACGUCUCUAGAACAGAAGUGCAAUUGCCCAUUCCCGAUUGCAAGAACGUCGAGCACCGAGAGCAGAAGCACAAGUUCCGGGUCAGAGCUGUCAACACCAAUCAUAACGGCCAGAUUUUGAAAGGAUUCUGGUCCGACUUUGGGGAGGGGAAUUGUUAUAAUAACGGAUUGUCGAACGUCGCAUUGGUUAUCAUAUGGAUGGUUGGCGUCUUUAGUAUCACAGCAUGCAUCGCGUGUCUCGUGUACAUGUUCAAGAGAAUGUGGAUAAAAUGUCGAGCUAUGCGAGAUGUCGAAGUGAAACUACCGCCCGGACUUGCUCCAGAUAUGAAGCUGCUUGAGAAGAACAAUGAACUACACAUACGGCAGCCGUCCGCCGAUUCGAGUGGCUGUUCGAGCGGUCAAGAAUCCGUUACCUCUUCGCUUACGGCGGAAUCUCAAGUUUGCAGUGACAGCGGCACCGAGGUCGAUGCGGUGCGUACACCAUCUGACAAAGUGAAGAGUCAGCCUGUCCGCGAAAUGACCCAUCUGCGACAGAGAAGCACUACACGAAUACCGGCUUCAUUAUUAUCAGAGGUCACGCCCUGGGAGUAUGUCAAAGUUGGCAAUUCCGGUGAGGCGACUUCCGAGGAGACUGUAUCAUUAGCGCGGUCCACGCCUAAUUUGACGAACAGCGCAAUGUUGAAGAGCUACUCGCCAUCGCAACACGCCUGGUCCAGCACAAAUUACAUCAGCAUGCCGUCCUCUUCUGAGGCGCUAUUGAGCAAUCCGAGCCUCAUUCCGCGAAAGAACACCGCUGGCGGCAACAGUGGCGACGGCGACAGCAGCAAGGACGGUGAUGACACCAAUGACGGUAGUCACGGCGACAACAACAGCAGCGACAGCAACAAUGACAGCGGCGACGAUAGCGGCGAUGCUUUAAUAUCGAUCAAAUUUGAAGAUGAUUUUGAGAAGGAGAAACAGAAGCUGACCAUCGAUGAACUAGACAAGAUACGGCCGAUCAUCGAUCUGAAGAAGAUAGAUAUACUGGUAUCUCACAUUAAUCCCGACAAGAUGACAAUGGCGACGCCGUACGUUCAAGCGGGUCUGAUAGACGAGAUACCCGAAUUGCCUUCCUGUAUACCCAAGCAUAUACAAGCCAGAAACAGCAAUCUGAUGUGCGGCACCUUUAAUAUUAAAGAUAAUCAGAAUUUAUGCAAGAAAGAAUACAUGUCAUUCCCGCCGGCUUUCCCCACCAAUACCACCUUGACUUCGGCGAGUCCGAAGUAUAUCUUAGCAUCGAUAAUGCCCGAGGGAAUGACGAUGCCGCCUAUGAAGGCAGAUCAAGAAUCUUUGCCGCAGAAAACGCUCUACGAUCCGCACAGUUCCACGACGAGCGAUACCUCGUACAAUCUUGCGAGUUCCGCGCACGAGACACAGCCGCAGGAGCAGCAAGAGAAAAUGGAGACGCUCGCGGACGUGACGGAGGGCAUCGACGAGAGCGGCAAUAAGGACAACGCGGUGGAUCUCGGUGCGUCCUGGUCGACAACGGAUGCAACGGUAGAGGGGAAACAAUUGAACUCUAGUUAUAUCACCCUCGCGGAUUUAUCACCUCCCUCGGCAGGACCGUCUUACGUGCGACUUGAGAAGAUGCCAUCGUCACUGCCGCAGACGACGAUGAGUCAAUCGGACGAGCAGUACGCAGAGGUGACGGUUGUGCCAAGUACAGUUCAGUGAGGUGAGGAGAGAGAUACGCUCUCGUCUCGUUUUUCUCCUGUUUUUCGCGACGGUGAUUAUUGCCACUUGCGUAGACGGACGAAGUAAGUGCUACACUGUAAGAUUGCGGUAUAUAAGAUGGCGGUGCACGUGAGAAACUGGUGAUGUUUGAAUGUAAGAUUGUGGCACUCACGCGAAUCGACUGAGCUGAGCAACGACCUUUUUCAACCUCAGAAUGAAGUCCAAGUUAUUGAAAUACGAAGAGAUUUAAAGAGACUUCCCUCCUGGAACGUUUCAUACUUGCUUCGAAAAUAAGACUGGGUCUAAGCUAAAAAGAAGGUCACUGGCUUGGGAAUUAAAUGAAUUAUUGGAAAUUCAUUUAUUGGUAAAAGAGCUCCUCGAGGAGUCUCACGUUUGAAGACGCUUCUUUAAAUGGCUAUCGCUAACAAAAAGUUUUAUGCACAAAACAU